AUGACCACCUCCACGGGAAGGCCGAGGCCAUUCCUGAACGGCGUCUUCAGAACAGCCUGCAACUACUGCGUGAGUAGCAAGCGGGGUUGCAGUGGCGGGGAGCCGUGCGACCAGUGCGAGAAGAGGGGCAAGCCCUGCAUCUACGCGCAGCGCCGUAAGAGCGGACCCCGCAGCCGCCCGGCCUCCGGCCGCUCGAGUAAGGGCCGUUCCCGCACCAAGGCUCGACGAGAGAGCCGCGCCGCCGCCGCCGCCGCCGCCGCUGCCGCUGCCGCCGCCGCCGCCGCUCCGGUUGAGUCUCCGUCGCCGGUCAUUGCGAGGUCUCCUCCGUCCCCGGCUGCUUCCGGGCUUGCUGGAGAGGACAGGGUUGGUGUGGUUGCUGGGUCUUGGGACGGCGGCGAGGCGGCAGCGGAGGUGACGGAGGUCGAGCGGCGCCGCGGUAGCAUCGGCGAGGACGCCUGGGAGAGGGAGCGGCGGAGGCUGGGCUUCACCACCCACGACGACGACCACCACCUACAGCAGGAGCAACAACAGCAAUCGCCCUACUAUCAGCCCGCCGGGGGGAAGCGGAAGCCCCCCGACCUGGUCAUCCCGCGGCCCCACCGGACUGACCCCGGUUCGACCGCGAACCCCCUCCUCGUGAGGUCAUCGCCGGCGCCGCCGGUGCCGCCGGCGCCCCCGUCGGGAAGGCUCGAGGUGCCGAUGCCGCCGCGGUCGGCCCACGUUCUGUCGCCGCCGCAGGAGGGAACGGCAGGGAGCUUCGGGAGCGGCGGCGAUGGAUCCUUCUCUUCUUCCUCCUCCUCCUCCUCUUCCGCCUCGAGCUCUUUCUCUUCCUCUUCGACUCCCUCCCCGUUCUUCACCAGGCAGGCGCCGUCCUCUCAGCCGAGCGACGAGGGGAACAACAAGCGGACGCGGGUGUCAUCGCUCACCCCGCCCACCCCGCGGACUUCCCUCGCGUCUCCCCCGCCGCUCUCCCUGACGCCCUCAUCCUCCUGCUCGGCCCUGCCUCCCCGAGGCUGCAUCUCGUCCGUCCUGGCUUCGAGGUGUACGUCCGUAGACGGUGGCGGCGGCGGCGGCGGCGGCGGCGGCGGCGGGAGCUUAGGUCCCGUUCGCCGCGGGCGAUCGGCUGCUGCCGCCUCUUCUUCCGCGGGAGGUUGUUCUCAAUCAUCGUCCAGAACGGCCCCGGAGUCGCCAUCGCUGUCGUCGUCGUCUUCGAGCCGCGGCCGCGGUUCCGGUCAAAUCGUCUUCGGUGCCAGGCGGUCGCCAGCGCAGCCGGCCUCGGAGAGGGGUGGGUGGGUGGAGGCUGAAGCUGCGGCGCCCCACCCGGUGUUGCACAGCGUGUCUCCGGGCUCGGCCAUGUCGCCGCCGGAGUCGAGCGCCGGCGAAGGGUCUGCGGGAAUGCAGGCGUCGUCGUCCUACGCCAUGGUGGGGUCGUCGUCUUGGGCCGCCACCGCUGCGGCCGCCGUCACCGCCCCUGCCGCUGCUUUGCCACGCCUGGGUGCGGGUUACGCCGGGGGAGACUUCGAUGACAUGAAGACGUUGUACGAACCGCUGCUGCUUCGGAGGGAGGAGGACAAGCGCCGCCAGCUCCUCGAGGAGCACCGGUGGGAGCAGGAGCGGGAGCAGCAGAGGGAAGAGCUCAAACAUGAGCGGCUCCUUCGGAGCCACCAGGAGCAGGAGCAGCAGCAGCAGCACCUGCGCCAAGACCAGCUGCUGUCGAGGAGGCAGAUGUCCCUGGGGGCCCUGCUAAUGGCCGACGACGACGAGCUCGGCGAGUCGUUCAAGCAGUGCCACAUCACCGACGACAGCAACGGUCCGUCGGGGAGCCACAUCACCGACGACAGCAACGGCCCAUCGAGGAGCGUGUCCGGCGACCUGGUUCCCGUGGAAGCCCUACGCCGCGUUGUUAGCGACACCGCCCAGUCGUCAUCAGCGCCGGCUGCGGCUUCGCUGGCGCGAACCAUCUCUCCCGCCGAGUUGCCACGCGACGGCCCGGGCGGCGUGGAGGGCUACGCUUCAUCGUCGUCUACCUCCACCGCCUGGUACGCCGGGGGGGGGUGCGGCGGCGUAGGCGGCGGCGGCGGCGGCGGGAUGCAGCUAGAGGCAGGGGAUGGGGACAAGAACUUCUCGCUGCGGCCGCCGUCACCGCCGCACCACCGGGUCUCGGGCAUGACGGAGGAGGCCCUGCCAUCGUCGCCGUGGGGAGAAGGCGGGGCGCCGGUGGCGGCGGCAGCAGAAGGGUCGUGGGGGCGAGGGCGACCGCUUCUCCCCCGCGCCGUUCCCAACGGCAACGCCGAGGCUGCCGCGACCGCUCGGCCGGACUGCGCGGCCCUGGCGAACAUGCGCACGCCGCUAACCCGCGAGGCUUCCCUCAUGCGAGCCGUGGAGGCGUCUGCCGCAACCUCCGGCGGCUAUGGCGGCGGCGGCAAGCAGGUGAUGAUCCUCGAGAACGGCGACAUGGACGACAUCCGCGCCCCCCUGCUCCGGGAGGCCUCCCUCAUGCGGGCCAUGGAGGCCGUGAACUCCUUCACCACCGGGGAUGACGGAGGCGUCGGCGACUGCGGGGAAGACACGGCUGCGGCUGCGGCGGAACUCAUCUCCAGCGCCGGUGGCGCAGACGACGGUCUCGGAGACGUGUUCUGCGAGACGUCGGCUGCGGCGCUCGCUACCUCCACGUGGUGAAAGGACCCCCCCCCCGCGCGCGCGCUCUCUUUUCUUGUAUUGUGCUUUUUGACCAGCGUGGGUCCUUUCUCGCCGCUGUAGGGAGCGGUUAGAAGACGGCUGUCACUAAAUAGUAGGUGGUUGUCGUUCAAAAACGUGUUGUUGUUGGGCGUGUAUCGUUUGUCUUUGUUCUUCGCUGUUGCUGUUGCUUUUGCUGUUGCUGUUGCUUUUGCUGUUGCUGUUGCUGUUGCUGUGGCUGGGCUCGGCCUUGAAGGCCUGGGUAUGCAUAUCUCUGUCUUCAACUUUUUUGUCAAUUGUCUUGGCGGACGGAUAGGGUUCCACAUCCAUCUCCGUUGUUGUCGUGGGCAGUUAUCUGUGACGUGGUACUCUGUCUGAAUGCUUGUGUUUUUCGAUGAUUGGGGGCAAAUAGGUGUGAGGUUAGAGGGUACUUUAAGAAAGAGAUAUGUGCUGCUGGUCCGGCGGCAACUGGGAGGCAAACCGAACCUGUACAAAUCUAAGGAAUGCCGCCCGUCGCCGGAGCCAUCCACGGGAGCCAAGACCUAAAACUGUCCGAGAGCGCGAUCAUUUUUUUUCUUCGAUUUUCCUUUUUUCAAGCCCGGGGGAGACUUUCGUGCUUCAACCAGUAUACGAAGUAAAAUAUGGUCUCUUGUUCCCAGAAAUGAGUUUAUUUUGGUGUUCUUUACAUGCAUGUCGGGUUCGGUAUUGUUUGCUCGGCAUCGUCACGGGCGUACUACAUAUAUGUGCAGUGCGCGCCAGGCUUUGUUUCCGUCGGUGUCUCGAGCCACUCAAAAGUGUUUUGUUGGUGCAUGUUACGGAGGUAUAUACACUACCCGCACUGGGCGGUAGCGUUGCAGUACCCAGUUUUCUGUCGUUGCUCUGAGCCGGCCAGACUAGGUGGUUGUACAAUUCGACCUACUACUAUGUACGAUACCGUGGCCAUGGCGCCUGGCCGGCGUCCUGGUUCGAUCGAGUUAUGUUCGAGAUAGUUAUGCGAGUAGGAGUCAAGUCGUUAGGGGUGUUGGUGGAACCCUCACGAAAGCUGCUUGGCUUCUAGGUAGUUGUGGUGACGCGUGAACGCUUGGUCAGUCAAUGUUUCAGGCCGGCCGCUGCUGUUUUGGUCGGUCGAAGUACUGCUGUUGUUGUUGGUUGGAUGUUGCUAUGGGAAGCAUGCUGUUGUACUGUAGGGUGUGACGGAUUGAGCAAGCAAGCGCGGUUGGUUGUGCGAGUGAUGCUUAUGGGAAGGUUUGCUUGCCACAACACCGCGUGAGGCCUUGUACCGCUCAUGGUUUCGAAGAGAUUGAUUGCAACACCUCUUUAGCGUAUUUCGGUAGACGUUUAACUUGCUUCCAACAAUUAGAUUGUCUUUUUGUGUGUGUAUUUUGAAAUGUUGUGAACGUUCAACCAGCGUCGGUCGCCUUGCUACCGCCGCCUCCCGUGUUCCCCCUUUUUUUUUGUCGGUGAUUUUUGUUCUGCUUGGUGUGUGGCGGUCGGAGUUGGGAUCAUUUAGCCUACAUAUUCCAGAUUGUUGUCAACCAGAAAUAAAUGUGUGUCUUAACUGAGGCCACACGAUGGAUUAUUGAUG